AUGUCCGGGGGCGCCAAGGCAAUCCGUCUCCCGCCGCUGAAAACGCUGCGCGUCCACAAUCCCAAGCGGCAGCCCGAAAACCCUUGCAUCGCCAUCAUGUCCAGCGUUCUCGCAUGCUGGGCCUCGGCAGGCUACAACGCCGCCGGAUGCGCCGCCAUCGAGAACCAGCUGCGCAAGUGCAUGGACGGCCCGCCGCCUCCGCCUGCGCCGGCGAACACGAUCAACUACCACUUGUCGCGGAUGCAAAAGUACGUCACCAGCCAGAAGAAGCAAAAAUAA